GUCCAACCUCCAAUUACUAUCCUUCCACAAUGAAGGUCUUCUCUGAAGCAGACAUUAUCUGGUGGAAAGCGAACCCUUACUACAUUCAAUGUCCAUUUUGUGAAUCACUUCAUCGCCAUGGCGUCAACUGGAAGGCAAACAAGUUGAGAUACUCGCAUUGCGAGAAAAUGGAGAGUUACCUUUGCUGCUUCCCCUUGAAUGAUCAAGGCAAAGUUGCGUAUGAAAUUGACAAGGUACGAGGACGAUAUAUCAAUAUUUGCGUAGCCCAUGGUGGGGAUACCGAGUAUUACCAUGGGAAUGAUGAUGAUGCCAAUGCCGAUGAUACUGUUGAUGAGGGUGAUGAUGAUGUUAAUUGUCUGGCGAUCGAAUUGGCUCGAAAGGCUACAAUUGCAGCACAGAGUGAAGAAACAUAUGCGAGUCUUCAUGGAGAUUCGAAAGAACUCGUCAUUAUCAAUCCAGGACACGGGAUUGCGCCAUUUGAGCAGAAGCAAAUUUUUGGGCCAAUCAGCGACUGUGUCAACGGGGAAACAAGAGCGGUGCAAAGAUGUUUAGAAACUCCUCUUGAAGCGACACUAUUUGUUCGAGGAAAACAUUAUGGAAGGAGUGCUCUCAUGGAGGCAGCGCUUUUUGGCCGGGUUGAUAACGCAAAGGUUCUCCUAGAAAACAAUGCAGACAGAUAUAUUAAGGACGGCGAAAAUCGAGCAGCCAUUGAUUUUGCUCGAGAGAAUCACAGAAGUCGACGAGAGAGAUACGAUCGUUUUGGAGGCGACCUCACGUCUUCAUCCAAUCGACGGCUGGGCCAUGUCGAGGACACGUUUCGAAGGGAUAUUGACCGUCAGGAGAUUGUACGGCUCCUCGGCGGAGAGAAUAGGAAGUCAAAGAUUUUCUUUGGGAGCCCUCCCACAUUAUCAGUGUCCAAGUCCUAUUCAUUCACACCUUCACCAAUGCAAGACUCGCUUGUAUUACACGGGCCGAUUGAAGAGUACCCAAUCACUCGGGGUGGGAAGACGGUGGCGCGGCUAGAACGAGGAGGAAAAAUUCCCUGGACGGAUGAUGUAUUUUAUAUCUCGGAAUCAGUGGGGCAUAUCUUGCCUUCUCACCCCUAUGAUUGGGGUAAAGACGGUCGAUUCAGUACAUGCCACGCAGAAAAGCAGUUGAUAGCAUACUUUAUCGAUCGCCAUGUUUUCCUCCCACGCGAUGGCCUUCCAGACUCGAAAUUGGAGAAAAAGAUUUUGCGGGUAGAGGAGUCGCAUGAGCGGUUUCUUUCAGUCACUGAAAUUGGUCGUCAAGAUAAGAUCAAGGCACUGAAGCUGGAUCUAAAAUCGGUUAAAUCAACCCUAAAUGGGCUAAUCGCUAGUACCCGUUCCAGGCCAUUAUUGAAACUAGAAGCCCGACUGAAGAUACUACAUCAGCGACGGGACAAACAUGCUGAUCUGAUCAGCAUGGCUUAUGCGCCACCACCAGCUUCCUUAGCCGAGGCUAUUAUAUUGAUCAGUUCGCAUCCCUGUCAGGACUGUAUCGUGUUCAAAGACAAAGUUAAUAAGCGCUUUGGUCUAUCUAUACAGCUAUUCGCGGCACUCUGA